CUCUGCUUUUCCCUCUUUAAUUUCAUUUUCCUCUCUCUCUCUCUCUCUCAAACACGGUCUUAACCAAAUUCCUUCCUUUUUUGUUCAUCUCAAAAUUCCUUACUUUUUGUUACUUACUUCUCAACGUUGCUAGUAGUAGAUCCUUGUUCAUCACACUUUGUAACUGCUUCACAACGGAAAAAUCUGUACAAGCAAAAGGAAUGGAACAUUUGCGUCGUGUUAGAAUAGUUCUAUUUCUCGAUGGGAGCAAUGCUUAAGUAGCUGAGGAUCGAAGAAAGAGAUGGAGAAGGAGUCAUCUGGAUUAAUUAUAGGCAUUUCAAUUGGAGUGGUUAUAGGAGUACUAUUAGCUAUAACUGCAUUUUUCUGCUUUAGGAGGUACCAUAAGAGACGUCCUCAGAUAGGGAAUAGCAGUUCUAGGAGGGCAGCCACUGUUCCUAUUCGUGCAAAUGGUGUUGAUACUUGUACAGAAUUAUCAGACUCUUCAAUUGGUACUGAGUCGCCAAAGUCUAUCCAAAAUGGCAUGUCAAUGUGGCUUGGGGGCCUCAGGAAGACGUCUGUGGUUUCUGCAUCCGGUAUACUCGAGUACUCCUACAAGGAUUUGCAGAGAGCAACCUACAACUUCACCACGUUGAUUGGUCAAGGGGCCUAUGGUCCUGUUUAUAAAGCUCAGAUGAGUACUGGUGAGACAGUUGCUGUCAAAGUGCUUGCAACUGAUUCUAAACAAGGGGAGAAAGAAUUCCAAACAGAGGUCAUGUUACUGGGAAGGCUACAUCAUAGAAACCUGGUGAAUUUAGUUGGAUACUGCGCAGAGAAGGGUCAGCAUAUGCUUAUCUAUGUUUAUAUGAACCGAGGCAGUUUGGCUUCUCACUUGUACGAUGCAAAGCUUGAACCGUUAUGCUGGGAAUUGAGAGUUCAAAUUGCUCUGGAUGUGGCUAGGGGCUUAGAGUAUCUUCAUGAUGGGGCUGUUCCUCCAAUUGUACACCGGGAUAUUAAAUCAUCAAAUAUUUUGUUAGAUCUGUCAAUGAGAGCCAGGGUUGCUGAUUUUGGGCUCUCAAGGGAAGAAAUGGUCAGUAAACAUGUAUCCAACAUCCGUGGAACAUUCGGAUAUCUUGAUCCUGAAUAUAUCUCAACUAGGUCCUUCACUAAGAAAAGCGAUGUUUACAGCUUUGGGGUCUUGCUAUUCGAACUUAUUGCUGGUAAAAACCCUCUUCAGGGGCUUAUCGAGUAUAUUGAACUAGCAGCCAUGACAACAGAUGGAAAAGGCGGAUGGGAGGAAAUUGCAGAUUCCCGUCUUGAUGGGAAGUAUGAUCUGCAAGAGCUUAAUGAUGUAGCAGCACUUGCAUACAAAUGUGUGAAUCGUGCCCCCAAGAAACGGCCUUCCAUGAGGGACAUUGUGCAGGUUCUGUCAAGGAUACUCAAGUCUAGACACGAAAGAAAGCGUCACAAGCGUUCUUCAUCUGCAACAACAGAGGAGGUUACCAUCAAUGUUGAACAACUAGAUCAUCGGAGUCCAAUCUCUGGACACCGACGUGUGGAAUCUAUUGACAGCACAGCUGACUCAUGUGAAGUUUAACUCAGUUCUUCCAUUUGUUUAUUUUUUUGGUUACUUCUCUCUCUUCUUUUCAUCUUGUAAAAUUGGUCAGGUUGUUAGGUUCUCCAUUUACAACACACUUUUGUGUUGGUGACUUUGAUUGGGAUACGUAGGUUGUGAUAUAGUCCGAGUGUAAGAUAGUUCCCAAUUUUGUUAAAUUUUUGUAAAUUUGCGUGGAAGGUAAAUGAAUGGUAGAAGGGAGAAAAUCCCAGAUCAGUCUUUUUCACUUCUAUGAAA